AACGCCUUUCUUGGUUUUCUUGAUACGAAACAGCUGAACUGAGUUGCAAUAUUCCGGCACAAAGGGUAGCCACUAAUGUGUUUAUUUAAUUUUGCUAGAAACUUGUGAACAUUGAUUAAUCCGUUCAAAUGCAAGAACAAGAACCAAACAUGAUUGUGAAAAAGGCCGUCUUCCUUUUGCAGCUCCAGGUUUCAUUUCUUACCACGCAAGCUGCAGUCUGUCCUUUUGCAAUGGAUGUGGCGUUCCUUCUUGAUUCAUCUAGCAGCAUCGAAUCAGGCAGUUAUAUAGACAUGAAAAAGUUUAUCAACGAAGUCAUUGAUCAUUUUAAAGUUUCUCCAAAAGACACACACGUAGGGGUGGUCAGUUUUAGUACCCAGGCGCGCACAGAGAUAAGCUUCACAUCCAAGCAAACCGUGGACGCAAUAAAAUCGUCUGUUCUUAAUAUUUCCUACCACGGCGGUAGCACACGCAUUGACCUGGGCCUUAUAAAAACCUAUGCGGAGUUGUUCUCUGCACAGGGCGGGAUGAGGACGAAUAUGGCCCGCGUUCUGUUAGUGAUCACUGAUGGAAAAAGCCAAGAUGGUGAAUCGGAAACAAAGCAACAAGCUCAAUACCUAAAAGACGACGGAAUAUUGAUCUUUGCUUUAGGAAUAGGCUCUGGGAUAAAAAUGACCGAAUUAAAAUCCAUGGUUUCUAUGGAGCACUACGUGUUUCUCUUCUCAUCAGUCCGGCAAAUGUUACCCUCGGAUAAAGCUUCAGAGGUUGCAUUGGCUCUCUGUGCAGUUGCCAGAACCUCAAAUGCAAUUAUCCAUCCGGUGAUCACGCAACACUCACUCCUUCAGCAUACUGUAGUGUCACGCGUGACAUCGGACGAUCUGGAAUGUGCUUUAAUGUGUAUCAAACACAGCUUGUGUUACUCGUUCAAUUUCAACGCAUCAUCUCGCCUCUGUGAGCUCAGCAACGCAAGGAAAGCCGACCAUCUUAAAGACUUUGUUUAUGACCACGGUUCCGUCUACAACGAAUUGAUGUUUGUGUAAAUUUACGUUGACAUGACAACAGGACUUAAGAAUAGCAUCACCAACAAGUGUAAGGUAAAAAAAGGUCUGCACUUGAGUCAAGUGGCACAUUUAGCUGGAGCAUGAAUCGAUUGGGAGUAUUACCAGUCCCCCCCGGUUGGGAUGCACAUCUUAAGUAUAGAGUGUAACUGAUCUCUAUGUGCCUAUUGUCAGGAAAAACUGUGUAACUGGUCCACUUAUUCACAUACUGACCUAUUACAAUCAUUUUAAAGACCAGUUUGAUCGUGUGUUUCGUUUCAUACGGAAAAUAAUCCACUUUUAACAUAAUUAAAAGUCACAAAAUAAAAUAAAAGGUCCAGAAACUAAAAAACCGCUUCUCAUUUGUUUUAUCCUAUCUAACUUUACUAAGCUUAUAUGCCUCUGUUAGUGCGUGAGAUAAGAGAAAUUCUAAAGUAACAUAAUUCUUAUUGAUAUUUAAACUCAAGGUGGCGCCUCUCUUGAAAAAAAGUUGUGGAAAAGAUAGAAUUUUGUCAAUUCUCAUUAAAAUGCACGUCUCUGGGUUGAAGAUAAACAUCCAGUUUUGCCAAACCAUCGACAGAAUAUUCAAUUUCACUCCCUACUAGGCCAGUUUCGUUUGAAUCAGGUUUGGAAUCGUCAUCCUCGCUAUUUAAUGAGUGUAGCGGUGUUCUCACACAACGCCGCUGUCCUUUUAAACAAUCUGUACUGUUUUGAUA